GUAAUGCGUUUCCAAUCUCUCUCUGUCACGUCUAUGCUAGAUCUUACUCCCAUGAGAGCAGAGCUAGCUAGCUCUCUGGGGUCGAUCAGAGAUCCUAUACCGAGUACCUAUAUACCUAGGUAGACUACUAGGUACGUACCGAUCGAAGUCUUCUGUUAAAUGAACAGUGAAGUUAUAGUUACAAUUAUCAUCUAGCUAUCAGGUGUAAAUCUAGUGUAAUGAGACUGGUGACACUCCUGAAAGCUGUAACAUUGUUACUAUCACAUGCUGUUGUAUUGACAACAUGCAAAUUUACAGUGCAACCAGUAUCAGUGGUGCAGGCCCAAAGGAUAGAUGCAGUGUUUGAGUGUCGGUAUCCUGAAGCACAAAAUCACAACUGGGGGCUCAAUAAAGAGUUUCCCACUGAGAAUAAUUACCCACCUGAUGUGACUCUUACCCGAUCGUCUGGUGAUACCCCGGCAACGCUGACCAUCCCAGCCACAGCACACUACAACAACACUGUUGUCCAAUGUGAAGCAGUGGUUAGAGACGGACGAGGAUUCAUAUCCGAAUUGUCAGUAAAUGCUAGCUUGCAAGUGCAAGGACCUCUUCCUGCUGUCGCUGACCUGACUGUGAACAACAUUGCUAGGAACUGUUCACAACUCAACGUCACAUGGGUUGCUCCCUUCUCCCUGAACUUGACCACUGCUGAACCAGACAUACAGUACUGUGUGGAUGUGUAUAACAUCGCUUUUAAGAGAGAGGAUAAUCUUCUGCAGUCUGAAUGUAACAUCACUACCACACAAUAUCUGUUUGAUGUACCCUAUCCUGUGGGUACUUAUAGCUUUUCUGUGACACCACGAAGCAACAUUGAUGGCAGCUUGAAUGGAAUCACCAGUACAGGACAGUUUAGUUAUGAACCACAAGCAAUACCCAUUGAUGAGGUUAAUUUCACUACUAACACGGAAUUGAGCCCUCUGCGAGUGACAUUUCCUGAAAGUCUAAUUCAUGAGUGUCGAGCACCAGAUAGCUAUUCCAUUCAAAUUCAGUACAUUGACCGAGAAGGUUUUGAUCUUUGUAUCUGCUCCACUGAUCAGACAACUGAAGUUUGUGGAAAUACACAGAUGAUUGUACUUGAUCUUAACUGUAGUAGCUGUAAUAUUGAACGCCAUCGACGAUGUAAUUUGACUGUACUGGCUGAAAUUAAUAUUAAUCCCCAAAACACACCAUCAGCUAUGACCAUGAAUAUAAGUACUCAUGAUGUGUAUAAAGUGACCGACUUAACUAUGAAGGAAAAUAAAGUUUCAAUCACUGUCGACUACCUUCCACAGUCUACUGAGAAGGGUUUUGUUGCCAUUGUGUACUCUGUUGACUCCCCUUAUGAUUUACACUAUCAAGUUGUGUACGGGGGAAAUACAUCAUCCACUGUUGGUAACCUUGCUGAUCGUGUUUAUAAGUUGGCUGUAUUUGAUUUGAAUGAUGUUAUGACACCUGAGAGAAAACUAGUAUUUCCGGCUGUUGUACCAAAUACAAUACUGAAUAACACUCGAUAUGGUACCACUGAAUCCAGUGCAGGAGGAGAGGAUGUGAAUGCUACUGAAUUCAACGGAAAGAUUUGCAUCAGUUGCAGCUCUAGUUGUGUGGGGAUCAUCCACUCCCAGUAUGGGUUUGACCAAGGCAACAUCACAUUGAUUCCACGUACUGUCACUGACUCUGACCAAAACUGCACUGAAAGCAUGCCUCAGGGAAUCUACUUUGCUGCCAUAUUCAAACGAUGGUCUAAUACACUUCAUGAAGUGCCAUACAAAACCGUGAUUCCCAUUGGCUUGCCCACUUCUACUACUACCGCAGACACUCGUACAGAUGCUCAUACUCAAGCAACCCCUGAUGUAGAUAACACAGCGAUAGUAGGAGGAGUUUCUGUUGCUGCUCUUUUGAUUCUGAUUUUGAUUGUGAUUUUGAUUGUGUUUGUUUGUUGGAGAUGGAAGAUGCAAAAGAAACGUACUUUGGUAUUGGAUACCAUCCUCCUUGAGAACGAGUACGAUAGUGCUCCCCCUCUAAAUUGUGAGAAUGUUGAGCUGAUGUUACUGACCAGAAUAACAGAGCCAGUGACCUGUUACGCAGCUACCUCAAAACCGUUCAAACAGGAUAUGGACACAAGCUCAGUUUUGAGCUCCACCCUCUCUAGCCCUGACCAUGUACCCAUAUCUGACAAUUGUGAUGACUACAAUGUGUCCACUCUGGAGAGGAGUAACCAUGACACCGCACCUAAGCAUUCAGCCAACAACAGAGUCACACAAGCUACGGAAGCUAGUGAGAAUGAACAAGUUGCUUCUGUACACAUGGAAGGUGGCACAUCCAGUGUGGAAAACCCCAUUCAACAGCCACAUGAUCAAUCUAUGGAGUCAACACCCAAAGAUCCGGUGUAUGAUGUAGCUAAGCAAGGCCUUGCUAAGUCAUCACCCACACCAGAUAAAAACAAAACUGAAAUCACAGUUGUAUACGCUGAUUUGGACGUGAAUCCCAAAGCCGAUAGUACUCCUCCAAUGCAACAUUCUGUUAUGCAUGGUGUAAACGAUGAGUCCUCUCUAGCUCCGAGAACUGUUGAAGAUAUCCUGCACGAUAUGAUCCUGUACUACUUCACCCUCGGUCCUCACUCCUGGGAAGACAUUGUCCAGGCUCUGUGGGAGAUUGGGGAGAUAGCGGUGGCAAAAAAAAUCAUCAGGAGUGGAAAGUAUACAGUAGAGCUUCCGGUCACCUCUCCAACUGAGACCCCACCACCUUUGCCACCAAGGAAUGACACUGCUAAAGCUGCAAGUCAUCAAACAGAGGCAGGUGACGACUGGAAAGAUCACAGUGUGCAAGCAGGGAGUGACACUCUAAAUACUGAGGAACAUCAGCCUGUCCCUAGUCGUAGCAAACAUACUAAACCACGUGAGGAAUCUACCAGCUCUGAAACACCACCGAGUGGAAGUAUGCCAGAUAAGUCACAUGAUCAAUCUGUGGAGCCGGCACCCAAAGAUCCAGUGUAUGAUGUAGUCAAAAAACACCUUGCCAACUCAACACCCACACAGAACAACAACAAAACUGAAACCCCAGUUGUAUACGCUGAUUUGGACGUGAAGCCCAAAGCCGAUAGUACUCCUCCAAUGCAACAUCCUGUUGUGUAUGGUUUAAUCGAUGAGUCCUCUCUAGCUUCGAGGACUGUUGAGAAUAACACACCAUGCCCUCUCCCUUCACUACCACCCCGUCCAACUACUGAGUCUGUCCUUGCUGAAUACAUUGCUAUUAAGCGGGAGCCUUUAGGAGAAGCUCUGGGAAUAAAGAAGCACCACCUUGACUCCUUCUCUACUGAGGGCCACAAGCUGCAGGACAUUGGUAAAGAUCGGUGUGAUAGUGAGAAGAUAGCGGUGGAAAUCAAAAUUGUCAGAAGUACAGCUUCCCGUGAUAUCAACGAAACACCAACAGUUCCUGAUAAAAAAGAGCAAACUGUCCCUCACAACACAGCAAUGAAUCAGAAGAUAAAUGUCCACAAUGUCAGCACUCGGGAACACCUCAACAGUAUCCAGGUAUCAAAGAUAAGAAUGUCAGGGGAAAAAGUUAUAAGCAGUCAAAAGAGUAUCGACAUUCAGGAACCGCCACUGCAGACAGGUUUACCCUAAUCCUCGUGCAGCUACACUUCGAGGCAUAACUAUUAGUAAUAGUACUAAGUAAACGUUUUUACACCAUAUUUUAUCGUCGUGUUUAUAGAUUGAACUUGUAGUACAAUAUUUUCAGUGUAUAAAGUAUAAAUGUGUAUUUUGAAAUGUCAGUAAUCAUU